UAGACAAUAUUUUUAUUUUAUUAAUAGCCCUUCCAUUGAAUUAUUCUGAUGAUUAUCCUCCUAAGACGGCCCGAGUCGGAGGUUCCCCCCUCGUCUCCCCUCCCCGGUCGAGCUGAGAUGUGUUUUCUUCUCCUCAACCAAGGGCGGCGUCGGAGGCGCCAUCUCUUCGCCGCCGCGGAAGAGAAGGAAGAGGAGGAGGCGGCGGCGACGGGCGCCGAGGGGCCAUGGAUCGCUUCGCUUGGACCAACGGUCUGCUAGAGAUCCACGAGAAUCUCGUCACGCAGCAGCGCGGGGUCCGCCUUUAUGACGGCGAGGAGAAGGUGAAAUUUGAUACUGGGAUAUUGCUCUUGAGUACCCACAGAUUGAUUUGGAGAGAUCAGAAAAAUCAUGACUGUUGUAUGGCUAUUCCUCUUUCCCAGAUUAUCUUCAUUGAAGAACAAGCCGCUGGGAUAGGAAAAAGUGCCAAAAUAGUUGUUCACCUUCAUCCAGUACCUUCCAACAAGGAACCUGGUCCUUUCCAAACUAGCAAAUAUUCAUACAUCAAACUUUCUUUCAAGGAACAUGGUCAGAUUGAGUUCUUCAGGAGGUUGUCUGAAGAAAUGACUCAGCGAAGAUGGGAGAACAUGCCUGUUUCUCAGACCAUAGACCUUAACAGAGGCUCACAGACCGGAAGAAUAAGAGCUGCAGGAAUUGUAGGUAUUGAGAGGAAAUUAGAAGAAAGAAGAAAAGAGAUGGAUAAAAACAUUUCUGAAGCUUUUGAAGACCUCAGCAAGCUAAUGGAGAAGGCUAAGGAAAUGGUGGAAUUGUCCAAAUCAAUUGCUAACAAGAUUAAAGAAAAGCAAGGAGACAUUACUGAAGAUGAGACUAUCAGAUUUAAAUCCUACCUGUUGAGCAUGGGUAUAGCUAAUCCAGUUACUAGGGAAACCCACGGAUCUGGUACACAUUACCAUAUGCAGCUGGCAAAGCAAUUAGCAGGAAUUUUGCAGGCACCUUUAGAGGAGCGUGGAGGAAUCAUGUCACUCACAGAAGUAUAUUGUUUGGUGAAUCGUGCUCGAGGCUUAGAGUUGCUCUCACCUGAAGAUCUAGUAAAUGCUUGUAAGAUGUUGGAAGCGUUAAAAUUACCUCUGAGGUUACGUAUAUUUGACAGUGGUGUUAUGGUGAUUGAACUCCUGUCCCACAAUGAAGAGGAAAUGGUGGCUUCUGCUUUAGAGACCGUGUCUGAGAAGGGAUCUCUUACAGCAGAAGAGUUUGCAAAGCUUGUAGGAAUGUCUGUACUUUUGGCCAAAGAAAGGCUGCUACUAGCUGAGAAGAUGGGCCAGCUUUGCAGAGAUGAUUCUGUAGAAGGCUUGCGAUUCUAUCCAAAUCUAUUUCUUACACAAAGUUAAUACCAUGCUUCUGUUUUCCCUUAUUCGAAACACAUUUGCUUCAUUUAAUCUGGUCAGAAGGAUGCACAAAUAAUGUAUCUUUUGUUCACUUGAUGCCAUGAUUUAAACAAUAAUGAUGCAUUUUCAUUGAUGGGGGUGGCCUUAUGUGGUGGAAAGAGAAAAGAGACAAUGAAAGCUUAUAGAAAUCAUGGCACUCCCGUUAUUUUCUGGUCUUUUGUGUUAAAUCUCUAGGAGGUUUUGGGGUUUUUUAAACGUGCUGCUUUAACCCUCAUUUUUCUUUAUGGAGUAUGUAAAGAGAUACAGAAAAGAAGGGAUGUUAGCCUGUUUAUGGUGGCCUGCCUGUAAAGAUGUACAAAGCACAAAGUGUAGUAUUUGGUUACUGUAUUUUUUCCUAGACUCUUUUAAAACCCUGGAUUUUGGAUCUGUAACACUGAAAUAGUAAUAUAUCAGCACAAUAACUGGUGCCAAAAUAACUCAAAAUAAUAUUGACUCUGCUUGCUCUUUCCAUUUGUUAUUGCAUAAUUUCCUCAGGAAGUAUCCACAUUUUAGGAACAAAACCACACUGUGUACAUAUGUGCAUAACCCUUCUUCAGAGGGAAGGAUUAGCCUCGGUAAUGAAAAAUGUAGAGAUGUGUGUGCUGCUUUGAACUGGACGUUAAGACAAGAAGCAUUGUGAACUCAGAUUUCCUUCCUUCUAUUCUUUGGUUCUUAGCUCCAUGAAGUUGCUAUUUUUGUCUUCCAUUUUGCAUAGCUGUGCAGGAGAACAUUCUGCCAUCUGCCCUUUAAAAUAGUACAAGGAAUUGUUUUCUUCAUUCUAUCAAUAUAUUCAACUGAACACCCCCUCAUUAUCUUGGUGGAAGUUAUCACUGUGCUCAUUUCUAUAUUUAAACAAUGGAACACAAGCUACAUACUACAAACACCAGUAUUUCCAUCCCAGGAGUGUUGUAUAUUGGCUUCGGGCUUGAGAACAGCAGCAAAGAUUUUUGCAAGCACUGUAAGAACUUAACUAGUUUUAUUUGACAUAUGUUUUGGUGGACUGCAAUCCAUUUCAUCAGAUACAUGGAGUAUUAUCUGAGUGCACAGAUAUGCACAUGGUUGGAUGAAAAGAGGACUGUCGAGUCAUGAGGCAGUGACUGUACAAAAGGCACAAACACUGAUAGUGUUUAUUUAACAGUGACUGGGAAGUGAUAAGAACAUCCUAAAUCAGGGUGGUCAGAGUGUGGUCCAUGGUCUUAUUUGGUGUCUCAACACUCUCCAAAAAUGUGGGCCAUGAAAAUGGCCCAUUGAAACCACAGAAGCCUCUAAUGCUGCAGCUGGACAUUUUGCCACACCAUACCUGUUUAAUAACCGAAGGCUUUUCUUCUAAGACCAGAAGUAACUUCUAGUUACUAUUUUAGGACUUCUAAUCCUGAUUUUUUUUUAACCUAUGGCUUCUCUGGGUCUAAAUUCUCCUAAGUGACCACAUUGUGGUCCUAAGAAUUAAAACGUACUUUUACGUACUUUUAAAUGUUAAAUUCCUUUGCAUUGUUUUCUUUGUAGCCCAUACUAUGGGCUGAGAUAAUGAUUUUUUCCCAAAUUGGGGGGGGAUAAGCUGCCCCAAAAUGCCACAUACAGAAUCAAUGUGUCCCUCUAGAGUCCCAGGCACCAAUGAAAGCCCCCGACCCCUGAAAUGUGUCCACCCUUGUCCUAAAGGUCUUAGCAAGUGUCUUUAAAAUGGCUUUUAAAGACUUUCCCCCCCGAAUUCAUAAUUAUCUCUUCAGUUCAAUUCAGUAACAUAAUGAUGAAUGCUGAAAUAGUGGUGGUUAUUUUUCCUGUUGCUGCACUUUAAAAAUAAUAAUAAUAUUGUCCCCACCCUCAUAUUUUGUUGAACUUAUGGUCAUCUGAACCAAAUGUUCCACUGUGUUUCUUGGCUGCUGAUUUUGUACCUUCUAUUUUUUGUUAUUAAAGUGUAUUACUCUCUGGGGCAUAUUCUUAUUCGGAAAGAAUAUGCUGUCCAGUUACUGUUGACAAACCAUUUCAGAAUAUUCCCAUGAUCCUAAGUAACCAUGUUUGAAGUAACCAGCUCUAUUGUGAAGUUCUUGAUCUGAAUAAACUCCUGUGCUUUUGAAAUGUA